AUGGCUAAUAGCUUUCAAAUUCAAUCCGAAAAAACAAAGCUGGACAAGAAAUUUCAAGUACAAGAAUCAAAUACUUACAAGAAUAAAUUUCUACCCUCUUGGGAGUCUCUGGACUCUCGGGUGCUACCGAGUUGGUAUGAUGAAGCCAAGAUUGGUAUAUUCGUCCACUGGGGAGUUUUCUCUGUACCAGCGUUCUAUUCAGAGUGGUUCUGGUAUCAUUGGCAUGAAAACCUUCCUGAGCUGACGACAUUCAUGGCCAGAAACUAUCCACCAGGGUUUCAGUACGCGGACUUUGGCACACAGUUUAAAGCACAGUUGUUUGACGCUAAUCAGUGGGCGAAUCUUGUGGCUCGCUCAGGAGCAAAGUAUUUUGUCUUCACGAGUAAACAUCACGAAGGGUUUGCUAACUGGAAUACAAGCUAUUCUUGGAAUUGGAAUUCAGUAUCCAUUGGUCCACAUAGAGAUAUAGUGGGGGAGCUCGCUGAGACGUUCCGUAAAAACCACAGCGACAUUACUUUUGGCUUGUACUUUUCUCUCUAUGAAUGGUUCAAUCCUCUUUACUUAAAGGACAAGGCAAAUAAUUUUACGACUCAAGAGUUCGUUAAAACAACAGUUAUGCCACAACUAAAGGAGCUAAUUGAAAGGUAUAAACCGGAAUACCUGUGGUCCGACGGGGACUGGGAAGCACCAGACGAAUAUUGGGACAGCAAAAAAUUUUUGGCGUGGCUUUAUAAUGAAAGCCCAGUGGCAUCAUCCGUCGUAGUCAAUGAUCGCUGGGGUAUAAACUGUUCAUGUAACCAUGGAGAUGUACAUGUAUGUAUGGACAGAUACAAUCCAGGAACGCUGGACCAGCAUAAAUGGGAGAAUGCUAUGACGCUUUUGAACAAUUCCUGGGRUAUAAGAAGAGACAGCAAGAUAGAAGAGUAUAUGACGGUUAACGAGAUGCUAAGAGAAAUUGUCUCUACCGUCAGUUGUGGUGGCAAUAUUUUAAUAAAUAUCAGCCCAGCAUCGGAUGGUACCAUCCCCGUGAUAUUCCAGGAAAGGCUUUAUCAGAUGGGUGACUGGUUGGCAGUUAAUGGUGAAGCCAUAUAUGGCAGCAAGCCCUGGAAGGCCCAAAAUGAUACGAGGGACCCCAAUGUUUGGUAUACAACUAAAAGUGGUAAUGUAUAUGCAAUCACAUUAUCAUGGCCAACCUCUGGUACUCUCCUCCUGGAUGCACCCACUCCUACCAAGAUCACAAGGGUAUCAAUGCUGGGUUUGGAAAACAGGGUGUUUAACUGGAGAUUUGAACCAGAAAAAACAGAAGAAUCUGGACAAGCAGACUCAGAUGAUGAGCCAUUGGAUGAAACUGAGGAAGAUAUAGAAUUUGCAAAGCCAUUCUUCUCCAUUUCUGUCCCUCCUAUUGCAAUUUCCGAGUUACCGUCACUUUGGGCUUGGGUGUUUAAACUCACUCAUGUCAAUUAACAAAACAAAAAUGAUGAAUUGUCAG